AUGUCGAGCGGAGUACUUAGCAGUAUCAGCAUAUUAUUUGCUGUAAUCAUAUCGUUAAACGGGCAACCGCCGUUCAACGCGUAUCAGAAUUUUUACAAUAACGCAAGAGAAUGGAACAUAGGAAAUAUAGCACAAGUAGGAAUUGGAUUGUUCGGCUUUCUGCAGCAGAAUCAACGUUUUGUAGACCAAGAAGUGCCGGAUGUGACUCCGCAGUUCGGGACCACGUAUGACUUCGUAAUAGUGGGCGCCGGCACGGCCGGUGCCACGCUAGCCGCGAGAAUGAGUGAAAUUCCUCAAGCAAAAGUGUUGUUAAUAGAAGCUGGAGGCCACGAGAACCUUUUCAUGGACAUCCCGUUGAUCGUCAACCUCUUGCAAUUGAGCGACGAGCUCAACUGGAAAUUUCAAACUAAACCGUCAGACAAGUACUGUCUUGGCAUGAUCGACAACAGCUGCAGCUGGCCGAGAGGCAAAGUACUCGGCGGUAGCAGCGUGUUAAACUACAUGAUCGCCACUAGAGGCGGCGCCGAGGAUUACGAUCGCUGGGCCAAAAUGGGGAACGACGGCUGGGCUUACAAGGACGUUCUCAAGUACUUCAAGAAACUUGAAACGAUCAAUAUGUCGGAGAUGGAGGCGGAUGUUGCGUACCGCGGAACCAAAGGGCCGUUACACGUCUCUUCUUCGACAUACCGCACGCCGUUGGCGGAAGCGUUUUUACGCGCCGGCCAGGAGCUGGGAUAUCCGAUAGUGGAUUACAACGGGAAGAAUAUGAUCGGAUUCUCGUACCUGCAAAGUACGACCGUGAACGGCACCCGUGCAAGCAGCAAUAGUGCGUAUCUGCAUCCAAUUCGCCAACGCAAGAAUCUGCGCGUGACCCUUAACAGUACGGUGAGAAAAGUGUUGAUCGACCGUCGUACGAAUCGAGUGAUUGGCGUGGAGUUCGCGAAAGACCGUCGGAUUAUUUCCGUCUUUGCGAGCAAAGAGGUGAUCUUGUGCGCGGGCGCCAUCAUGUCGCCGCAGCUGUUGAUGCUGUCCGGCAUCGGACCUUCCGACCAUCUCACCGAUCUCGGGAUCGACGUUGUUCACGAUGCACCGUCCGUUGGUGAAAACUUGAUGGAUCAUAUAGCUUACGGCGGCCUGACGUGGCUGGUGAAGGAACCGAUAAGUUUACGGUUUAUAGAUAUAUUCAGCUCCGCAUAUACCUCAGAUUUUCUCACAAGGCGAUCGGGGCCACUGACAAUUCCGGGCGGGUGCGAAGCACUCGCUUUCAUCGACACGAAGCGGCCGGAAGAACACAGUGGUCUACCGGAUAUCGAAUUCCUGUUUGUCAGCAGUGUAAUUAUAGGUGAUUUAAUUCAACCCAUUAUAAUGAAUUUCAAUAACAAAGAACGCGAUACUUCGUAUAAGUAUUUGGGCAAACAUGGCUGGUCCAUAUUACCGCUGUUGUUGAAACCGAAAAGUCGCGGGCGGAUAAGAUUGCUGGCUAAUGAUAUUAGUGUUAAACCGGAGAUCACGCCAAAUUACUUCGACGAUCCCGAGGAUGUCAGGACAAUGAUCGCCGGUAUUAAGAACGCGAUGAGCGUCGGCCGGACAAAGGUAAUGCAGGCGUUCGGUUCGGAAUUAUUAAACGACACUAUUUCGGGAUGCGAGAAGUACAAAUAUGAUUCUUAUGCUUACUGGGAGUGUGCGAUAAGGACAUUGACGAUCACAAUCUAUCACUACUCCGGGACUUGUAAAAUGGGGCCAAGAGGGGAUGCCACUGCUGUUGUCGAUCCGGAAUUAAAGGUGAUCGGUGUUCGAGGGCUGAGGAUAGCAGACGCAUCCAUCAUGCCUGAGAUUAUAUCGGCGCACAUAAAUUUACCCGUUUUUAUGAUCGCCGAGAAGGCGGCAGAUAUAAUCAAGGAAGAAUGGGGAUACUUGAAGAAAUCACAAUCUUGAUGUUUCAAGUGUUUUUUCAAAUUAGAUGUAAAUGUUAUUAUGUAAAGUGAGUUUUACAGCUGUAAACCUUGAAAUAUAAUGCAGGGACAUUGUGAAAACUGAGAAAUUUACAGCUUAAUUAUGAGAGAUAUGUAUGUAUGUAUAAAAAUUUAUUUAUUAUGGUCAGGUAAGGUUGUACUGAAGCGACAUAUUUAGACGUGCAUAGAUUAAUAAUAAGUAGCUUUGAGAGCAAAUGUUGAAAUAUGCAUAGUGAUGAAUAUAUGCAAUAGUGAUGAAUAUAUGUCUUUCGAAUAUAUUUUCAAAAUGGUAUUUUAAGUAUUUUUUUUCUUCUAGAUUAAUGCGAGCA